UGAAGCGUUGCACUGGCCCUAUCUGUCAUCAACAAUGUUUGUUGUUCAAAGUGGUGCAGUAAAAUUCAAGCAAUUUUCGCGAAGUUUUAGUAGUUUUUCGCGUUUUGCAAUCAGUUGUAGUAGGAGCACUGCCGUAGGAACUACUUCGCCACUAUGUGGCAAACACUCGCCGCGUACUCUGGCCGCGUGGUCGCCAAGCACAGCAAGUGCCUUCGGCGGCUCGCCGAUGGUAAACAACAAUCACAACAUUGUGCAAAUGCGAUGGAACUCCACCGAUGAACAAUCUUCCCGUCAGCGGAUUCGCAAACGACUCAUGCUGAUGGAUUUCCCGCAGCUGGUGUGGCCUUCGGUGAUAAAAACCAUCCGGAACUGGAUCAUGGUUCACUUCAUCAUCCGGCCGUACUUCGACCGGGAGUUUUCCCUUCCCGAAUUCAUUCAGGGAACGAAACAAGCUUUGCAGGUUGUAUCUUCAUCGCUUGCCGGAGGCGAAGUGAAGCAGUUGGAAGGAUUGGUUGACCGAGCGGCCUUAGCGGAUCUAAAACAGUCACUAGCAAAAAUGUCCGUCGCCGAACGAUAUGACAUACAGGUGGAGAAAGAGGAUGUAUAUUUCUCCUUUCCCUACCAGGUCGGCGUAAUGUUUGACGAAUCGGACGACGACAGCCAGAAGCGAUUCGUUGAAAUAACGAUGGUUUUCCACGUGCUGAGAGGCCUCAAGGGAAUGAUCGAACGUGGCGAAACGGUCCCGCUGAAUGUGGGGGUCCUGCCAGAAUUCCGGGACAAGAUUAGCAUCUGCAACUAUCGUUUCAUCAAGGAGUUUACCAAAGGCGUCGACUCGGACUGGACUGUGAAUGUAGUGAAUCACUUCAAGCCAAGUGACUACGUCGAAGAAUAACCGUACCUGUUCCAACGACAACGCAACGAAACACCUCAAACCUGAUCACGAUGGGAACCACAGCCGGACAGGAGCGCGCUGUAUGUAGCAAACAAAUAAAGAAGAUAAAAGUGUAUAUCCCCUUGGUGGAUGAUUAGUGUA